AUGACAGGGUAUAUAUAUUCACUUUCCACAACCCCGGAUACUUUCCUUUGGCGAGUUGGAACAGAGGAUCUAGCAACUUUCUCCACCUCCAAGACUUGGGACACUCUCAGGCCUCGAGCAAUUUUCCCAGGAUGGACAAAUCAGGUUUGGUACAAAGGAGCUAUUCCUAGGCAUACUUUCCUCUUCUGGUUGAUGCAACAGNAAUUAAACCUCGAGACUUCACAGACGGUUUUCGUUGGAACCUACCUUGAUAAGGAAGCCACAAACAGGUUCCGUAUAGAUUACAAUCUUUUCAAUCUCGGAGCUAUGGCGCUACCAUUCGACCUCCCUGGCUUCGCGUUCAGUGAGGCUCGCCGGGCGGUAACGAGGCUAGAGGAGACGCUCGCCACUUGCGCCGGAAAAUCAAAAGUGCGGAUGGCUGCAGGAGAAAAACCAACAUGUCUAAUCGAUUUCUGGAUGCAGGCCAUCGUCGGGGAGAGUCCGCCGCCACCGCACUCCGGAGACAAAGAUAUCGGCAGUUUGCUCUUUGACUUUCUCUUUGCCGCGCAAGACGCAUCCACGUCAUCACUACUAUGGGCAGUGACGCUUCUUGAGUCGGAUCCGGAAGUGCUGAACAGAGUAAGAGAGGAAGUGGCCAAGAUCUGGUCGCCUGAAUCCAACGCGUUGAUCACCGUCGAUCAGCUCGCGGAGAUGAAAUACACGCGCUCCGUGGCUCGUGAGGUUGUGAGAUAUAGGCCUCCGGCAACUAUGGUCCCGCACGUCGCUGCCACAGACUUCCCUCUCACGGAAUCGUACACUAUCCCGAAAGGAGCAAUUGUCUUACCUUCCCUUUUUGACUCUUCGUUUCAAGGGUUUACUGAACCGGAACGGUUCGACCCCGACCGGUUUAGCGAGACAAGGCAAGAGGACCAGGUGUUCAAACGCAACUUCCUAGCUUUUGGAUGGGGGCCUCACCAAUGCGUGGGGCAGCGUUACGCGUUGAACCACUUGGUGCUCUUCAUCGCAAUGUUCUCGUCUUUGUUUGAUUUCAAGAGGCUUCAAUCGGACGGCUGCGAUGACAUCGUGUACUGCCCCACGAUAUCGCCCAAGGAUGGGUGCACGGUGUUCUUGUCUAGGCGCGUCGCAAAGUAUCCCAACCUCUCGUUAAUCUGAGUUUGAUUUUUCUUUAAAAAUUUAUUGGUGGUGUGUUGUCUAUUAUCUAUUGCUAUGUGUCUCUCGAAGUGAGAAGACAUGUCAUUUGUUUUACUUUAACCUUGUCAUCACCAUAUCUGUGUUGUCUUUUUUUUUUACUUCUUCUUUUUUUUGUCUCAGUGUAUCAGUGAUGUUAUAAUUUCAUAUAUAUGUUUAGUUUACCACUCGUUAAUAUAUCUUUCUUUCUUUUGAAUUCUUCGCACUUAUGUAUUCGA